AUGGUUUUGCCAUUGAAUAAACCUAAUUUGUCCAGGCAAAGGAGCCCCGCCGAGGUCAGCGCGUGCUGGGCCACCGCGUAUCCUUACGGCGUGGACGUGUACAGUGUUGACAUUGGUCGCUCCGAUGCUGCGAAGCGACUGGCUUUGCUUCGAGAUUGUAUCCAAAAGACCUUGAAUGAAUGGAGUUCCCAAAUCAGCCCAGAUUUGGUCAGGGAGUUUCCAGAUGUCUUGGAAUGCACUGUAUCUCAUGCAAUAGAAAAGAUAAAUCCCGAUGAGAGAGAAGAAAUGAAAGUUUCUGCAAAACUGUUCAUUGUGGGAUCAAAUUCCUCAUCAUCAACUAGAAAUGCAGUUGACAUGGCCUGUUCAGUCCUUGGAGUUGCACAGCUGGAUUCUGUGAUCAUUGCUUCACCGCCUAUUGAAGAUGGAGUUAAUCUUUCCUUGGAGCAUUUACAGCCUUACUGGGAAGAAUUAGAAAACUUAGUUCAAAGCAAGAAAAUUGUUGCUAUAGGAACAUCUGACCUAGACAAAACACAAUUGGAGCAGCUGUAUCAGUGGGCACAGGUAAAACCAAAUAGUAACCAAGUUAAUCUUGCCUCCUGCUGUGUAAUGCCACCUGAUUUGACUGCGUUUGCUAAACAGUUUGAUAUACAACUACUGACUCACAAUGAUCCAAAAGAGCUGCUUUCUGAAGCAACUUUCCAAGAAGCUCUUCAGGAGAGCAUUCCUGACAUCCAGGCACAGGAAUGGGUGCCACUGUGGCUGCUGAGAUACUCCGUCAUUGUGAAAAGUAGAGGGAUUAUCAAAUCAAAAGGCUACAUUUUGCAAGCCAAAAGAAGGGGUUCUUAACUACAGCUUGGGUCAUCUUAAUUUGCAGAUCUGUAUUUUUCUUGAAUAUAAGAUAAAAUUGAAAUGUAUAAAAAUCUAGCUGUUGCCUAUAAAAAGUGUCAUUGAGGCAAAUAUUCUUCAAUCUUUUUUUUGGCAGUAUGUUGUCUGUCAAGUUUUGAAUACUUCUCGUGCCUCCUUAUCAGUCCACUCACAUGAACUAUUAUUUUCAUUAAGCUAUUAUUUUCUAAUUGAAAUCUAUAUAGAAAAUACUUACAAUAUAUUUUCCUUUAUUUUUAUGAGUAACAGAAAUCAAGAAGAUUGGUUGUUAGAUAUAUUUUGGCUUAGUAUCAGGGUAAUGUACAUACAUAUUUUUAUUUCCAAAAUUCAUUAAUUGCUUCUACUCUGUAGUAUAACUAAGCAAUUUAAUUACAAUUGUUAAACAAAUAUUGGAAGAUAUUUUUCCUGUUAUUGAUAAAAUAAUUUUUUCUCAGAAUAACUGGAGCAGCUGGGAUCUACUAGUGAGGUAAAUAAAAUUCAUUCUUCAAUACAUGAAUGAAACAAAAAUUUUUUAUGUGUCCUUCCUUGCAGUUUAGUUACAAUGCUAUAACCAUGUAUUCUUGUAUUUCUCUUCCUAUUAGUUAGAGACACACCAAAGUAAGUCUAGAAAAGGGAUUAGAAAUUUCAAAAUUAUCAUUUAAGUGUUUUACAAAUGUAGUUCUUAUUGUCUACAGAUUUUCUACAUUUCUUAAUCAAUCCUUGGUAUAUCGCUAUUCAUUCAGGGAUACCUGAGUCAAUUGCACGUGCCAUGUGCAUAGCACUUUGGGCUCUGAAGAGAAGGACACAGGGGCCACAGAUUAAGUUGUAAAACAUGACAUAUUUGUUCCCCAUUAGUAACUGACCUGAAGGGACUAAAACCAGACAAAGAUGAGAGGGAAAAAAAUCUUUGAUAUAAUUCAGGGCCAACAUUGUCUAUUGAAACAACUUUGUUUGAGAUGUCGUCUUAAACUUUAUUUCGUUUUUGUGCUGGGAACUGAAUCCAGAUCCUUGUAUAUGCUAAGCACAUACUCUAGCACUAAACUACAUCCACCUUACUCUUAACUACUUUAAAACAGAACAAUGUAAUCAAAACUUUAGAGCUAAAACUCAGUAAUUCAGUUAAUUUCUCACUAGUUUAAAAAAUAGAAAAUUACAAAUAAAUACUUUUGAUAUAUACUAAGGGUCUUCUUUGCUUAUAAAUGUUUAUCUAUGACUGAAGCAAUUUAAACAUUUUUUAAACCUCUUGUACCAAUAUUUUAAAACCUAGGCCAAAUAAAAUUAUUUUUGUUCAAUUUUUUUCAUCUUAGGGAAAAGAACUGUGGUUCCAUAUUCAAAAUACAGUAGAACCCUUGCCUAAGAAAGCUUUUGUGACUUACUGGUUAGAUAAUUUAAACAUUAGAAUUAUAAUGUGAAAACUGAUUUACCUGCUAAAACUUGUUUAGACUUUGCGCUACUUAAAGCCUUCUAGUCUUUCUAUAAAUUGUGUGCAGUAUUAUUAAAUAUAAUUUGGAAAUGUACAAUUUUUUCAUAUAAGUCUUCACAUGCCCAUUUUAUUUUAAGAUCUGUGCGAUGAACUGGCUGUGCUAUUUUGAUGGGGAACUUUAAUAUCACAUUUAUUAUCUUUUAAAAUCUAGGCCUUAAAAGCUGUAUAUUUUGAAGAAUUAUUUUGAAAAUUGGGCAGGAAACCCUUAUAUUACUAGUGUAUCCAAAUGUCAGCAGGAGUUUUUGUGACCUCCCUCUUCCACUUUUGAAAAAGAAACAUCAUAAAUUCAUUUUUGUGAAGGGGAUCAUAUAUAGAAUUUUCUUUAUCUUUAUUUUUUCAGAGCUGAGGACCAAAUUCAGGGCCUUGCACUUGCCAGGCAAGUGCUCUUCCACUGAGCUAAAUCCCUAACCCCAUGUAUAGAAUUUUCAAAUUAGCUUUUUCAUUCCUGUUUUACUCUCUAUAACCUUACUUAAUGACACUUUAAAGGCCUUACAAUUUUUCAGGCUGAUGUUCAUAGAACUCUUUUCAUGAACUUUCAGAAUAUGGUCAUUACUUUUCAGAUAUUUAAGGACAAUAUUUAAAAGCCAUAAAAUGAAGAGUGGGUAAUAGUACAGAUAAUUGCUUAAAACUGAAAGCUAAGUUAUCAAUAGUGUACAUCACAGAUACGUUUACUGGGAUGAUAUGAAUGCAAUGACCUGAGGCAAAAAGAAUAUAUAUAUAUAUAUAUUUAAUUUUUCCCAGUAAAUAAGCUAUAGCUUAUUACACUUCCAAAAUACACUAGAGCCUUACUUUAACACAAUGUACUGUGACUUGGAAUUUGUUUUACAAUGAAACUACCUUGAAUUCCCAUGGAAGAAAUCAUACUCACCAGAAGAACCAACUGUUUUGUAUGAAUGGUUCUGACUUUUUUUACACCAGAGCUAAGUAGAUCUUAAUCUUCAGUGACUGAAGGUCUAAGGCUCAUUUAAUUAUGUCUCUGUAAGAUUUUCUUCCUAGGUUUUCCACUUGGUGUUUGUGGUCGUUGGAAAUGUAAACAACUGAUAUAUUCAUUGUAUAUUAUAUUGGCUGACAAUUCCUCUUUCUGCCAAAUGUACCUUUAGAGAAAUAUGAAACUGUUUUAAUGAGAGCUUAAAUCAUUUGUGUCAUUGUUUUCAUACUCAAUACGCCAACUUAGGCUUCUAAACCUUUUUUUCAUCAUUAACUUAUGUACCACAUCUUAUUAUACCUGUCUUUUCCCCAUAAAAAUGGUGAUGAGAUAUGUAGAUUUUAUUUUUUAAAAUAUGUAACAUGACUUUUAUUAAUACUUUCACAGUUUUCAGAAGUAGAGAUACAUUCAGAAGGGAAAGUGUUUUAAAUUAGAUCAUCUUAUGUGUCCGUAGCAGUGUACUAAAAGAUUAAUGGCAAAAUUAUUAUUUAAAUAUCUACUAUUUUUACUUUUUCCUAUUAUGAACUGAACUAAAAUAAAACGUGAGUUGUAUGUU